AUGUCACAAUCCAACGGAUCACUUGUGCCAGAAGGCAACCAAGGCUCCCUCCAAGAAGAUGUUAAUCCUGAUUUCAAUGGAGUACCUGGCCAAGCUUUAGAUGCUGUACGUAUGCGGUUGGCUCAAUUAACUCAUUCAUUGAGAAGAAUCAGGGAUGAGAUGUCUAAAGCUGAACUACCGCAAUGGUAUACACUACAAUCACAACUAAACGUCACAUUGUCGCAACUCGUGUCCGUUACAUCUACCUUGCAACAUUUCCAAGAAUCUUUAGAUUCAACGGUCGUUUAUCCAUUGCCUAAAUUUCCAACUACUUCGCAUGAAAGUUUGAUCACUACACUUUUGAGAAAAAAGAACAUUCCUGAAGUAGAUGAAUGGAUGAAAUACGCUAGAGAAACAUCCGGAAUAACGACAAAUUUGUUGAAGGAUGAAGAAAUACAGAAGCUAUUACAACAGGACAAAGACAUAACAAACUGGGCACGUAAUACGUUUGGAAACGAAUUUGAAAAACACGAUUUCAAACAUGAAGAGGCCCUAAAUGAAGAGGAUGCUUCACUCCUUGUACGAGAUACCAAGCCAUCAAAACCUUUUAACGUUGACGUUAUUUUAAAGUUUACACAUGCAGGAGAAAAACCAAUUUCGAUAGAUACGACGCCGAAAUUGACUACUGGUUGA